AUGAAUCAUUCUCAAUCUGAAAAUGAUGGAAUCGAAGAGUACGAAAUAAAAUUGCCUCACUACAGACAAAAAAAUACUUGGGAUUGUGGUUUGUCGUGUAUUAUGAUGAUAUUAUCUGAAAAAAAUAGACAUUUUUUUAUUGAAAACUUUGAUGAAAUUUGUAAAGGUGAAGGUUUUGGGAAAAGCACUUGGACAAUUGAUUUGUGUUAUCUAAUGAAAAAAUUUUCUUUAAAAUUUAUUUUUUAUACAGCUGUUAUUGGCAUUAAUCCUCAUCAUAGCACACACUUUUUUUAUGAAAAAAUUCUACCAAAGGAUGAAAAAAGGGUAAUUCAAAGAUUUCGAGAUGCCAAAAUAAAUGGCAUUGAAAUAAAAGAAAAAUCGAUUAAAACAAAAGAUCUUAUCAGCCAUUUAAGGCGAUAUGGUCCGAUUAUAUUGUUAAUAAAUGCAGAAUAUUUAACUUGUGAUCGUUGCAAAAAAAAUAAUAUUAUAUCAAAAUUUUCAAAUUGUAUGCCUCAAGUUAUUAAUUAUCAUGGGCAUUAUAUAAUACUUUGCGGUUUUAAUUUAAAAAAUAAACAAUUUUACUAUAGAAAUCCAGCUUACUCAAAUAGAGUAUGUGCAAUGGAAUAUUCUGCUAUGAACAAAGCAAGACUAUGUUUUGGAACAGAUGAAGACUGUAUAUUUAUUUUUAAUAACUAA